UUGCGCAUGCGCGGGACAGCGGCGGCGCCGCCCGCCGACCGACGCUCUGCGACUGGCUUCCUUCCACCUCGAGCUGGUCGGCGGCUGGCGAGUGUCGCGUUGCCGGAUGGAAAAACGGUCAUUAUCCGCCCACGGGAGACACGACGGAGCCCCCGUUAACUUUAGCAAGCCUCGACGAAGACGCACAAUGCCAAGAGUCUGACGACUGAAAGAUGUGUCAUCAGGUUAGCACCAUGGAAGCCAGCGGCAUCAUCAAUGUGCUCAACAAGAAGCUGGCCUUCCUCUCAGGCGGGAAAGACCGUCGCAGCGGGCUGAUCCUCAGCAUCCCGCUGGGCUGCGAGCAGACCAACAUGGAUGAGCUCAGCGACACGCUGGACUAUCUGCUCAGCAUCCCCAGCGAGAAGUGCAAGGCGCGAGGCUUCACCGUCAUCGUGGACGGGCGGCGCUCGCAGUGGAACACGGUCAAGACGGUGGUGCUCAUGCUGCAGAACGUGAUCCCGGCCGAGGUGUCGCUGGUGUGCGUGGUCAAGCCGGACGAGUUCUGGGACAAGAAGGUCACGCACUUCUGCUUCUGGAAGGAGAAGGACCGACUCGGCUUUGAGGUGAUCCUGGUGUCGGCCAAUAAGCUGACGCGCUACAUCGAACCCUCGCAGCUCACCGACGACUUUGGCGGGACCUUGGACUACGACCACGGCGAUUGGCUCAGCAAGAGACUGGUGUUUGAGAAGUUCACCAAGGAGUCCACGUCGUUGCUGGACGAGCUGUCGCUCAUCAACGACGGCGCCGCCCCGGACAAGUCAGCCGACGUCCUCCUGCCGUCCUUUGACCCGGAGGCGGUCCUCCAGACGGGUCACGAGUUGCUGUCGGAGCUCCAGCAGCGACGCUUCAACGUCUCGGAGGGGGGCGGACGAGGCGGCGGCGGAGGGCCGGCGGCGCCGACGUGGCGUCCGAUGGAGGAGGAGCUCCUGGCUCAGCCUCAGGUCAUGAAGCUUCUGGACUCGCUGAGGGAGAAGUACACCCGCUACCAGGAAGUGUGCCGCCAACGCAGCAAGCGCUCCCAGAUACACGACGUGCACGCCAAAGUCACGCAGGUGGUGACGUGGCUGCAGGGUCCGGGCUCGGAGCUGCUGAAGACCCAGCGGGCCAUCGGAGACUCCAUGCGGGCGGCGCAGGCGCUGCAGCAGAAGCACGAGGAGAUCGAGAGUCAGCACAGCGAAUGGUUUGCGGCCUACGUGGAGCUGAACCAGCAGAUCGGCGCCCUGCUCGGCGGCGGAGACGACGAGGAGGAGGAAGAAGCCGGCGAGCUGAAGGCGCUGCAGCGGCAGCUCAGCGACGUCUGCUACCAGCAGGCGGCGCUGCUGGAGAGCCGACAGAACGUCCUGCAGGCCGCGCACGCCUUCCACGCCCAAACGCAGGAGCUGUCCCAGCAGCUGGACGCGCUCCUGGCCAUGCUGUGCGCCGACGCGGCCCCGGCCGACGGCUCGCAAAUCCAACACGGCCUCAAGCUGCUGGAGGAGAAGCUGCAGACCGUCGAGGUGGGGCUGGCGUCGCUGCGCCAGAAGGGGGCGCUGCUGCUGGAGCAAACCUGCAACGGCGACGACGGCGAAAACGCGGCGGCCGAGCAGAGGGACAACGUGCGGCAGAUCCGCGACGUCAUGGACGAUAUGCAGAUGAGGAAGCAGAGGUGCGAGGACAUGGUGGACGUGCGGCGUCUGAAGAUGCUUCAGAUGGUUCAGUUGUUCAAAUGCGAAGAAGACGCCUUACAGGCGGUGGAUUGGCUGUGCGAGCUGCUGGACGCGCUGCUGAAGACGCACGUGCGACUCGGAGACGACGCCCGCGACACCAAAGCCUUGAUGGACAAACACAAGAAGUUCGUGGACGUGGCACAGAGCACGUACGACUACGGGCGGCAGCUGCUGCAGGCCACGGUGGUGCUGUGCCAGUCGCUGCGCUGCGCCACGCGCUCGUCCGGCGACACGCUGCCUCGACUCAACCGCGUGUGGAAGCAGUUCGCCGUCAGCGCCGACGAACGGCAACACCGACUGCAGCUCGCCCUCGCCUUCCACCAGCACGCCGACGUGGUGUUGCAGGAUGAGCACGUGGAGGCCGAGUCUCUGGAUCAGGUGGCCGCUUCGGCCAAAGCUCUGCUGGACAGACUCGGCAUGGCCGUCAUCUUCCCCGAUGGGAGCGAGCAGCGUUUCGGCAGCUCCAGCGGUGACGACGCGGCGACGGCGGCCGAGUGCAUUCGAGAGCGCCUCCUGAUGGUGGAGGAGCGCCGCCUGCAGCUUCAGGAGACGCAGCUGGACGGCGAGCCCCGCCCACAGGACCAGGUACUUCAUGCUGUGCUUGACGUCAUCGGGGAGGAGGCGGGUGAGAAAGAAGAGGAGGAGGACCAGGACCGGGACCGGCGGGAUCUUCAGGAGGACGGCGUGCUGCAAUGCUGAGUGAUUGGCGCUCGUUAGCCCAGGAAGCUAACUCAUGCUAACAGUUUAUUUGUAACACCUGGAUUCAAGACAUUUUCUCCAGCAUGCUCCUCGUUCCCGCAUGCGCUCUCCAAAACUAAACUUUGACUUGAAAAAUAAGUAAUUUAUUUUCCUUGUUCUCUCUUCCCCCCACGCCCUUUUUAAGCAACCCUGAAGCUUUAACGGCUGCCGCUCAACGUGGCUGCCAUGUCGUCUCCCUCUCCCCAAUGAAUUGUUCAUGCCGCGGUUCAAAUAAACUU